AAAAUGACUCCGAGGCCGGUUUCAUUGGUUGAGUAUGGCAGAGCCGUCAAAUAGGAAUAAAGGCGCCUCGUGGGGGCUUUUCAGCAACUACCGGAACCCGCGCAGAAAAUCCACGAUGCUCCGCGUCAUGCAGAACGCGAAGAAACGCCAGCAGAGCUUAAUAGCGAAGAGGAAAACGACAGACGACCACAACGAACACCUGGGCACAAACAAACUGGUGAAAAAAGCAAAGUCGGGCGACGCGAACCAGGAACGUCGAAGGUCCCCGAACCCUGAAAACAAGAUCGCCGAUGUUUCCAAACCUGGACUUGCCGAGCCGAAGCCUGCCGAGCCCCAGAGUUUAGUCUCGGCCCUGAGAGACAGCUGGGAGAUGGACAGCGGUUUCUCCUCCGAGGCGAGCCCCCCGGCCAGCGGGCGGAGCUCACCGUACCUCGGCGCGUACCUCGGCGCGUGCCCCACCGCGGUGGUGGCGUUGGACUGCGAGAUGGUCGGCACGGGGCCCGGCGGGCGCCACAGCGAGCUGGCCCGCUGCAGCGUCCUGGGCUACCACGGCAACGUGUUGUACGAUAAAUACGUCAGACCGUGUCGGCCCGUCACCGACUACAGGACUCGCUGGAGUGGCAUCCAGAGGCACCACCUGCAGGACGCCAUCCCCUUCGCUCAGGCCCGGGAGGAGAUCCUCGGCAUACUUAAGGGCAAAGUGGUCGUCGGCCACUCCAUCUACAAUGACUUCGAGGUGUUGGAUGUGCUCCACCCGGGUCACAUGGUCAGGGACACGUGUACGAUGCGCCUCCUCAGCCGCUUGGCCGGCUUCCCCAGCGAACGCUGCACCUCCCUCAAAAUCUUGGCCACUAGGCUGCUGAACAGGAAGAUACAGGUGGGGCGGAGGGGUCACUGCUCGGUGGAGGACGCUCUGGCCUCCCUCGACCUCUACAAGCUGGUGGAGGGCGAGUGGGAGAGUGAGCGGGUGCAGCAGUGCGAGCUGAAGGACGACGACGCGGCACCGCGAGAGCCGAGCGUCGCCUCCUCAAACCACUACAUGCAGGACGAGUACUGGCCGGAUGAUGUCAUCCCCGACAGCCAAUGAGAGGAGAGUGUUCAAAACACUCGCCGUGCAGUUGGAAAAAUACCUCAACGGAUCACGUUACGUGGUUAUUUACAGUUGUCAGCGCAACUUCAGAUAACUAAUAAAUAUUGUGAAUUCUGAAAAAGAUGUGGACUGUAUCGUCUGCAUUGUCUCACAUGAAAAUGCUAACUUAUUACUUUUAAGCAUGUUAGACAUGAUUGGCCUUCUUUCUGCUGCGAGAUAUAUAUAUAUAUAUAUAUAUAUAUAUAUAUAUAUAUAUAUAUAUGUGUGUGUAUAUAUAUAUAUAUAUAUAUAUAUAUAUAUAUGUGUGUAUAUGAUAUUUACCUGCACAGACUUGGUUAUAAAGUUUUAGAGUUUUAUGUUGGUGCUCUUUGAGCUGGAGGUUCAUAACUUGUGAUAUGAAUAUUUAGGGGUUCUCAAACAGUAUCGGCUCUUACUUGAAAAGUAUAAUGUUAUUAUCAAUAGGACACAGGACUGAUCUCGAGCCACACAUACUAUUUUGAAAAAACCACAAACUGCAUUUUUCAGAUGUUUUUUUGUGAUCACACAAGUUUUUAAGAUGUUUUUUUUCAGCGUCUCCAAGGCAAAGGGAAACACAUUUUUAAAAACUAUUCAAAGCUGUUGUACGUGUGGCCUUUAAGAUUGUUACAAGUGUGGAUUGUAAUUCAUUACCUCUCACUGGAAGCUGCUCUUAAAUGUCCUAAUAAACACUCAAAAAAGGGCGUCUGGUUCAAAUGAAA